AUGAACCACAGCGUGGUGACCGAGUUCAUAAUUCUGGGCCUGGCCAAAACACCUGAACUCCGGGGGCUGCUCUUCCUGAUCUUCCUCUUGGUCUACCUUGUGGCUUUCCUUGGCAACAUGCUCAUUGUCGUCGCCAUCGCCUGCAACACCACCCUGCACACCCCCAUGUACGUCCUCCUCCUGGCACUCGCCAUCGUUGACAUCAUCUGCACAACGAGCAUCAUGCCCAAGAUGCUGGGGACCAUGCUGGCCUCCGGCAAGACCAUCUCCUACGGGGGCUGCAUGUCUCAGCUCUUCUUCUUCACGUGGUCCCUGGGGGCCGAGAUGGUUCUCUUCACUGCCAUGGCCUAUGACCGCUACGUGGCCAUCUGCUUUCCCCUCCGGUACAGCACUAUCAUGAGCCACUGCACGUGCGUGGCCUUGCUCGGCACCGUCAUGGCCAUCGCAGUAACCAACUCCUGGGUGCACACAGGUCUCAUCCUGAGGCUGACUUUCUGUGGCCCAAACACCAUCGACCACUUCUUCUGCGAGAUCCCGCCGCUGCUGGCUCUGUCCUGCAGCCCCGUGAGGGUCAAUGAAGUGAUGGUGUACGUCGCGGAUAUCACCCUGGCCGUGGGGGACUUCGCGCUCACCUGCAUCUCCUACGGCUUCAUCGUCGCCGCCCUUCCCCGCCCGCCAUUCAGUCCCUAA